GACGGCCGAGCGUGCAUUGCUUCAUUACUUGCUUCCCUUGCUUUCGCAUCUCAAUAUCCCAAUCUUCAUCAGCCUCGAAUCGACUCGCGAGCAGCUCAGCUAGUCAUGUCAUAUCCAGGCCAAGGCGGACAUCACUACCAGUCCACACAUGGUGGAGGAGGCUAUGGAGGAGGCGGAGGAUAUCCUGGUGGAGGAGGAUAUGGUGGAGGAGGAGGAUUCCCUCAACCUCCCCAGGGCUAUGCGCAGCCUGGAUAUGGUGGAGGCUACGGUGGGGGCGGCUAUGGUCCACCUCAAGGAGCCCCUCCCCAGCAGUAUGGUGCCCCACCUGGCCCCCCUCAAGGCUACGGUGGUGGAGGGUACGGGGGCGGCGGCCGUGCCCCAGGCGGGGGCGGCCCUCCUCCCGCAUAUGCCAACAUGCAAAUCAACUCUCAUAUCCCGCAGGGCACACAGAUGCACCAGGGCCAGCAAUACCAAUACUCAUCCAUGACAGGCAAGCGUAAAGCCCUCCUCAUCGGCAUCAACUAUCGCGGCACAUCCGCCGAGCUGCGUGGCUGCUGGAAUGAUGUCGAGAAUGUCAAGCGCUUCAUCAUGUCGCGCGGCUACAAGGAGGAGGACAUGGUCAUCCUGACCGACAACAGCAACGACCCACGCUCCAUCCCCACCCGUCAGAACAUGACGGCUGCGAUGCACUGGCUGGUACGCGGAGCCCAGCCGGGUGAUGCGCUUUUCUUCGAGUACUCGGGGCAUGGUGGGCAGGCCAAGGCGAGUCAGGGGGACGAGGCAGAUGGUAUGAACGAGACUAUCCUGCCGCUGGACUUCCAGAGGGCAGGCCAGAUGGAGGACGAUGAGCUACAUGCUAUCAUGGUACGCCCCUUGCCCAUGGGCUGUAGGUUGACGGCCAUCUUCGACUCGUGCCACUCGGGCACGGCCCUCGAUCUCCCCUACGUGUACUCGACGUCAGGAAACAUCAAGGAGCCCAAUGUCGUUGCCGGAGUGGGCAAGGGAUUGAUGGGCGCUGCAAUGAGCUAUGCGCAGGGUAAUGUGGGAGGAAUGCUCAAGGGCCUCAUGGGCACAUUCAACGAAGCCCGCAACUCAGAGUCAGCCGAAGCCUUCACCAAGCAGAACCGCAGCGCCCCUUCGGACGUCAUCAUGCUGUCGGGAUGCAAAGACUCGCAAACGUCGGCGGAUGCCGUCGAAGCGGGCAAGGCUACGGGAGCGAUGAGCUGGGCCUUCAUCAAGGUGCUCAGCGAAUACCCGCAGCUGAGCUACAUCCAACUGCUCAAUGCUUGUCGAGAUGUCCUGGCGGCAAAGUACUCACAGAAGCCGCAGAGUGAGUGGAUCAAGGGCAAUGCUUUCCGUAUCGUGAUGACUGACUAGCCUCCUUUUACGCGCCUCUUUCUCAGUGUCGAGCUCGCAUCCCAUCGAUCUCAAUCUUGCCUUCACUAUCUGAAGGCGCCAGCUCCCCUCCGUCUCCUGUCCAUCUAUAUGCGCCUCUCAAUGUACCCUUGCCGUGAUGUUAUCGCGUGGACUGUCACUGC